UUCAAUCAAGUGGUAAAAGAACCCAAGUAACACUAUUUACACAUUUCAACUCAUAUGAACUGGGUUGAAAGAUGAAAUCAGCACCACUAAUUUGUGAUCAAAUCACAAAUGGUUGAUCGAAUCGGACGGCGAGAAUGGAAACAGAAAAAGAAAAGUACAAUCAACAGCAGAAGAGAGAGAGAGAGAGAGAGAGAGAGAGAAUCAAAACAGUAAAAUCGGGAGUUGGAAUUUUCCAUCGUAUGGACUCUUCUCUGCGCUCUGUACUGCACACACAAUUAUUCUAACUGCAAAUUUCUUCCACUUCAGACCAAUCUCUCUCUCUCUCUCUCUCUCUCACGCACAUUCUGCAACUGUUUUCAUUGCUCCAUAAAAACCCUCAUCAAUGGCAGAAUAAUGAACACCAACAAGACGGCGCCGCGGAGAUUUGCAACCUUCUACUUCUUCUUCUACUAAUGGAGGCCUGCACCGACUCUGUCAUUCCACUUUUGACGCAGAUUUUGCCGGUCCGUGAAUCUGAAGCCGCCGAUCACAACAAGGCUUCCACCUCGAGAAAGCGUCGCAGAGCCGAUCUGGAGGCCGGCGGAGGUCUACAGAAAGGGAGAGCGAAGAGGAAGGAGAUGAACCAGAGUUUCGAUGUUCUUCAAUCUCUCGUCCCCAAUCUCUCUCCCAAGGCCACGAGGGAGAAUAUUGUUUCCGAAACGAUCCAGUUCAUCGAUUUUCUGGAGAAGCAGUUGAUGAGGCUGGAAAUGAAGAAGAAAUUGCCAUCGGAAUCGGUGAUCGCGACGAUGAUUCCGCCGAGUACGAACUCGGAUUCAUCCGGCGGAGGCGGCGUUAUCGUCUCGGCCUCCGGCAACAUCGUGUUGUUUGGGAUUCUUGCUUCUGUUCGACGAGGUAUGGUGACACAGAUUUUAAUGGCGUUUGAAAGAAACCAGGCUGAAGUUCUUGCAGCAAAUGUUGCAGUCAGCCAUGGAAAUUUAAGUUUGACAAUCACGGCUUCUGUACACGGUUACAUUGAGAAUGCCAUAGAGAAGAUUAAAAACGAUAUCCUGAGCUUAAACAAGUAAUAAAUUCCAUUUUCACGAGAUUCUUCCAUUUUUAUUUACUCCGAGGGGAUCUUCAAUACUUCUACACAAAAAAACAGCUUAGAAAGUGAAAGAAUACAAUACAAUGGUCAUAUAUAUAUAUAUUUGGAUUUUGCUUAAAAUCAAUGUUAUUGAUCAAUAUUGAUCAGGUUCAAGUUGGGUUCAUCUUCUGGUUCUACAUAUAUAAUAUUAUAUAUUUGGCAACAAAUCUCUCU